UAACACAGACUGCAUAUUUGUCUUAGACUGAAGGAUAGACAUACAAUGGCUUCAUAACAACAUACUAUUACAGGACAAAUUUAAUUUAUGCUCAAAACGUUACAUUUGGAACUGACAAACAAAUACUAGAACAUUUGCGGUUUUGAUAUUUCCAUUAAUAUCAAAUUUGGUUGGGGUUUUUAAUUUUAUCAUACACAAGGAUUUGUUGACCGUAGAAGAAAGAGACAGCAAGUAUUUCCAAGAAUGUCUUUCAGUUUGACGUUCCACUCGAUUCUCGACCACAACAUCCGCCACCUGUACAGCGGCACCCCGACGAACGUGUCGUACCGCCACUCUAAAGAGUACCCGAACAUGGACCAGCUACGACAGCAACGCGAGAACCAGUACCUGAAGGACUACGUCCUCCGGGUGUCGGAGUACCGGUCCGAACACAAGUGCUUCAUCCCGCGGGCACCGGCCUUCAAGGCCCUCUCUCAUCAGGAGGUGGACGAGAUCGUAACUAGACUAAGCAGUCAGACUGUGGCCAGCCAAGGAAUCAGCGGCACCAGUGAGAAUACGACGCUGAGCGACAAGAGAAGCAAAUACCCCAAGUACCAAGGUCAGAAGAAAGUGUCGCGGGAGGAGAUGGACGCCAUUGUAAAACGACUGAACAAACCUACCACGAUGAGCGACAUCAGAGACGUGAAGACGGCCACGGGCUUACCCGAAGUGACGGCGUAGUCUCGUCGCUUUAUUAGUGACAAAUGAGAAACGUUUGGGCAUCAUUACACAGACAGUAUUAAAAACUGAUAACAAGCGUGAUACAAAAAAACUGAAUUGUACAAGAAUCUAACCUUCGUUUUACAGAACUGGUGUUGUUUUUUCAAGCUUAGAGGUAACAGUUCAACAGAUGACCACAUGGUAAUACCGUAGGAGUACUGUUCACUUUCUUCUUUCUUUCAACUUAUUAUCGUGCUUAUAUUCAAGUAAGGUUCAAGCAUGCUGUCCUGGACACACACCUCACCUAUCUGGGCUGUUUGUCCAAGACAGUGGGUUAGUUGUUAGUGAGAGAAAAGAGGGUGUAGUGGUCUUACACCUACCCAUCGAGUCGUUAAAACUCGCUCUGGGUGGCCACGACACCAGCGAGACCGGUAAUGUUCACUGAAACCCACAACUUGCAAAAUCUGAUAAAAUAGUUCAAACAUAUCUGCACUGAAACACCAUCCUACGGUGGCUGAUUUCCGCCAAAACAAAUAAAUCACUACUUUUAGUACGGCGUUUUAAUGCCGUAAUAGGGCAUUAUAACGCCGUAUUACAGCGUUAUAAUGCCCUCUUACGGCGUUAUAACGCACUAUUACGGCAUUAUAACGCCCUAUUUUACGGCAUAUUAACGCCAUAAUUUACGGCGUUAAUUCGCAAUAAUAGUGUAUGGGGCAUAUGUAGCUA